AUGUCAAAAGCUUCGGUUAAACGAGUAGUAAAUACAAUUCAAAAAUUUUAUCCAAUAUCAUUAGCAGAUAAAUCAUGGGAUAAUACAGGACUUUUAGUAGAUUCAUCAAUAAAUAAUGAAGAUGAUUCAAACAUAUCUUCAAAUUCAACUUCUUCAAAUUCAUUAAAUCUUAAAAUUUUAUUAACUAUAGAUUUAACUCAAUCAGUAACAAAUGAAGCAAUUUCAAAAAAUUGUAAAUUUAUAAUGUCAUAUCAUCCAUUUAUUUUCAGGGGUUUAAAAUCAAUAAAUCAAAUUGAUCCUCAACAAAAAUCAUUAAUUAAAAUUAUACAAAAUCAAAUAAGUGUUUAUUCACCUCAUACUGCUGUUGAUAGUGCUUAUGGAGGAGUAAAUGAUUAUUUAGUUCAAAUUAUAACAAAUAAUAAUUUAAAUUUGAAAAAUUCCAAACCAAUAAAGCCAAAUUUAGAAAAUUCAAAAUGUGGAAUGGGUAGAAUUAUUGAAUUAAAAGAUUCAAAAACAAUUUAUGAAAUUGUUGAUUUAGUUAAAUCAGGUUUAAAAAUAAAUCAUUUACAAGUUGCAAUAUCAAAUAAUGGUAUAAAUCAGAAUAUAAAAACUAUUGCAAUUUGUGCUGGUUCUGGAGGCGAUGUUUUUAAAGGUGUAAAAGCUGAUUUAUAUUUUACAGGAGAAUUAUCUCAUCAUGAAACUUUAUUUUAUAAGGAAAGUGGAAGUCAUGUUAUAUGUUGUAAUCAUUCAAAUACUGAAAGAGCAUUUUUAUAUGUUAUACAAAGACAAUUAAUUGAUGAAUUAAAUAUUGAUGAAAAUGAUGUAAUAGUAAGUGAAACAGAUAAAGAUCCUUUUACAACUUGGUAA